AUGGGUGACUGGGGCUUUCUGGAGAAGUUACUGGACCAGGUGCAGGAGCACUCGACAGUCAUUGGGAAGAUCUGGCUGACGGUCCUCUUCAUCUUCCGCAUUCUCAUCCUGGGCCUCGCCGGGGAAUCCGUCUGGGGGGACGAGCAGUCGGACUUUGUGUGCAACACCAAGCAGCCCGGCUGCACCAACGUGUGUUACGACAAUGCCUUCCCCAUUUCCCACGUUCGUUACUGGGUGCUUCAGUUCCUCUUUGUCAGCACGCCCACCUUGGUCUACCUGGGGCACGUCAUCUACCUCUCCCGGAGAGAGGAGAAGCUGAAGGAGCGGGAAAGCGAGCUGCGGGCGAUGCCGUCCAAGGAUUACAAGGUGGCGGCCACCCUCAUGGCCAUUGAGAAGAAGAUGGCCAAGAUCUCUGUGGCGGAGGACGGGCGGAUUAGAAUCCGCGGUGCUCUGAUGUGGACUUACAUCAUCAGCGUGGUGUUCAAGAGCGCCUUUGAGGCUGGUUUCCUGGUGGGCCAGUGGUACCUCUAUGGCUUUGUUAUGAGCUCGCGCUAUGUGUGUGAGGGGGCCCCCUGCCCACACCUGGUGGACUGUUUCGUCUCUCGUCCCACUGAAAAGACCAUUUUCAUCAUCUUCAUGCUCGUGGUAGGCUUGAUCUCUCUUGUCCUCAACCUUCUGGAGCUCUUCCACCUCUGUGGCAAGAGCCUACUCCACACCAUGAAGAAAGGCUACUGCUGCACCUCGUCUGCCCCCCCGUUGACCUGCGACGCCAAUGGCUACUCAACCAAGCUUUGCGAAAUACCCAACGGGCCGUAUCAGGACAAGCCCUACUUCUACCUCCCGAUGGCCGAGAGACACAAUCCGCCCUACCAGGCCUACAACAAGCUUUCCAGCGAGCAGAACUGGGCCAAUUUCAACACUGAGGAAACCUUGGCCUUGCGAGAUGGGAGGAAGCCCCCCGACAUCUUUGUAACGCAAGGCCCUGAGGUCCACCUCUCUCAGGAGAGGCCGUCCAGUCGGCCGAGCAGCAGCGCAUCCAAAAAACAGUACGUCUAG